AAUUACUGUAUUUCCUUUCCUGUCCAUCCUGUCUUGUGCCCAAAUGUAGCAUCCCCUCCAUUGUCAUCCAAAUGUCCCCAAACUCAAUCAAGGCAUCCCCUCCAUUGUCAUCCCAAAUGUAGUACAUCCCUAAUUAAUGCCUUACUUUUUGCGCCAGAGGAAGUACUUCCCAUCUCCAAUGCAAUUAGUGCCUUUCUUGCCAAAUGUUCCUUAAUUCAAUCAAGGCAUCCCCUCCAUUGUCAUCCAGAUGUCCACAAACUCAAUCAAGGCAUCCCCUCCAUUGUCAUCCUGCUAAUGACC